AUGGCUUCGCAACCUGAGCCUUACACGAUCUCGAUUGCAGACACCGCAAUCGAGAAGCUGAAAAGAAAGUUGUCAGACGCGGACUUCCCUGAUGAACUGGAUACACCUGACCAGUGGCCAUAUGGUUCACCACUAUCGGACGUCAAGCGUCUAGCGAAACAUUGGGAAACCGGUUUCGAUUGGCGAAAAGUCGAAUCUAAGAUCAACGAAUUGCCAAACUUUCGAAAGAAAGUACAGGUUGAUGGCUUUGGACAAAUCGACAUACACUUCGUACACAAGAGAAGCUCUAACCCAAAUGCAGUGCCACUGUUAUUCAGUCACGGGUGGCCAGGCUCAUUUCUCGAGGUCACAAAGUUGCUUCCACUCCUGGAAGAUGGUGAGAAAGAAGGCAAGCCCGCAUUUCACAUCGUGGCACCAUCCCUGCCGAAUUUCGGGUUCAGUCAGAAGAUCCUCAAGCCUGGUUUUGCACUGUCGCAGUACGCUGAGACUUGCCACCGGUUAAUGCAGGACCUCGGAUACGAGAAGUAUGUCACUCAAGGCGGCGACUGGGGCUUCUACAUAACCAGGUCGAUGGGCAUUCUCUAUCCGGAUAAUGUUCUCGCCAGUCACAUCAAUAUGGUGCGCGCGCACGCGCCGACAUUUACAUCACAGCCUGUACUUGCUCUCCAGCACGCGAUGACUCCCUACACAGAUGCUGAAUCCAAAGGCAUGAAGCGCUCUGAGUGGUUUCUUACCGACGGUCAAGCGUAUCGCCAGUUACAAGCUACCAAGCCGCAGACACUCUCAUAUGCCUUCGCAGACAGCCCUGUUGCUCUACUGGCAUGGAUCUACGAGAAGCUGGUUGACUGGACUGAUAGCUAUCAGUGGACCGACGAUGAGGUUUUAACAUGGGUUAGUGUCUACUGGUUCAGUACUGCAGGCCCCAAUGCGCAUAUUAGGAUCUACUAUGAAGCUCAACAUAACCCCACGGAUCUGAUCCCCAAUCGAGAGCGCACGAGUCAGUGGGUUGAUCGUGUGAAGCUUGGUGUCGCGCACUUUCCUAAUGAGAUCACUGUUGUCCCAAGAUUGUGGGCGAAAACCUUAGGCCCUCUUGUCCAUGAAAGUAUCAACGACAAAGGUGGCCAUUUCGCUGCGCACGAGAGGCCGGAUGUGAUCGUUGCGGAUCUGCAGAAGAUGUUUGGGAAGGGCGGACCAUGCUACGAGAUAGUCCCUGGAAAGACUGGUUAUUGA